GGUGAGGAAGCCUAACGUCAUAAGCUUGCAACAUGGCGUCCCGAAGGCUGUGAGAUGAGCAAGAGGAUGGUAAAGAACGCUUGAGAACGAUCCUACCGAUGUAAUAAGCUUCAGGUGGUGCUCGUGUAGGAAGAGAGAGAGAGAGAGAAGGAAAGAAGGAAGGUGGAAAUGGAACUGCCAAAUCAUGCCAAACACCUGCUGCUGCAACUCAACCAGCAGAGAGCCAAGGGCUUCCUGUGUGAUGUUAUCAUCGUGGUGGAGAAUGCGCUCUUCCGUGCCCACAAGAACAUCUUGGCCGCAAGCAGCAUCUACUUCAAAUCUUUGGUCCUCCACGAUAACCUCAUUAACCUUGAUACAGAGAUGGUUAAUCCCUCUGUAUUCAGACAAGUUCUGGACUUCAUCUACACUGGUAAGCUCCUGUCGUCAUCGGACCAGAGCAGUGAGCAGAACUUCAGUGCCCUCUUAACCGCAGCCAGCUACCUCCAGCUCCAUGACCUCGCUGCUCUGUGCAGAAAGAAGCUCAAGCGCAGUGGCGGGAAACCUCUGCCAGGUAAACCCUCCACUCCAGGUCCCCUUAGCCGCUUACGCCUCAACAACCAGCGCCUUUCCUCUUCUACCCCUGCUGGCCCCAACAACCACUAUCCUCCAACCCCUUCCGAUGCCGACCAGCCACAGCCAGAUGAAGGCCUUCGGGACAAACUCUCAGAUGAUGAGAUGUUUGUUGGCAGCUCUGGGAAGAAUGGGAAUGGGGGGAAUGGCAGUAGUAACGGUAACCUCAGCAGUGGAGGAAGUGCUGGGGAACCAGACCUUGGACUAGACCUGUCCAAGAAGAGCCCUCCCUCUGCGGGCACAGCCACCGAUGCCCUCAGCCCACACAGCAACUCCCAAGAAUCCCCUCAAUCUGCCUCAGUAUCCACAACCAACAGUGCCUCACUGGAUGACUCCUCUACCACCCUACCAGGUGUAGAAAACUGUGGCUCAGAAACCAUGGAGCUCAACUCUUCCUCUAAAACCUCAGAGGAAACCCAAAACCAGCCAGAUGGGCCCCCACCCCAGAAGAAAUCCCGGCAGGGUGCUCGCAAGAAUGAAUGGCCUAAGAGAGAGGCAUCAGGGUUGAAGUCUGAAGAUCAUGACAGGCCCCUGGUUAAUGGGGUGAUUGUGGGUCCUAAAGAUGGCCGCUCCUCUGGGGUUGGAGGGGGCAGUGGUAGCAGCUUCGCCUCUGACCAGUCCUUCCAGUGUAAAGAUGAGGAAGAAGGAGGAGAGAACGGCCAGGACCACAGUGAUGAGAGUGGUCAAAGUGAUGGAGAGACUGCAGGAGGUGGAGGAGGAACAGGAGGGGGACACCACAGCGCCAAUUACGUGUACAGGCAGGAAGGUUUUGAGCCAGCAUUCGGGGACAACCUCUAUGUGUGCAUUCCCUGUGGUAAGGGCUUCCCCAGUUCUGAGCAACUCAACGCUCAUGUGGAGACACACACUGAGGAUGAGCUCUACAUCAAAGAGGAGGGAGGGACCUUUGUGAAAGAGGAAGAUGAGGAGGAGGCAGAGGACCUCUCUGCCCCCGUAGGUCCCUCCAACUUUGGCUCUGAAACGCGUCCAUUCAAGUGUACCGUCUGCAGUAAGAGCUACAAAGACCCGGCAACGCUGAGACAACAUGAAAAGAGCCACUGGUUGACCAGGCCCUUCCCCUGCAACAUCUGUGGCAAAAUGUUCACUCAGAGGGGCACCAUGACACGCCAUAUGCGCAGCCACCUUGGCCUCAAGCCGUUUGCAUGUGAAGAGUGUGGCAUGCGCUUCACACGCCAGUACCGUCUGACAGAGCACAUGCGUGUCCACUCUGGGGAAAAGCCGUAUGAAUGCCAGCUAUGCGGGGGGAAGUUUACCCAGCAGCGCAACCUCAUCAGUCACCUGAGAAUGCACACCUCACCCUCUUAGAAAUGCAUCAAGCCAAAGAACUCUGGGAAUAGAAAAAAAAAAACAACAUUUCUCUACCUUUUUUCCAUCUCAAAAGCAAAGAAACGCACACAAGCAUAUUCACAUGCAGACACACAUAGCUCUACAUAUUGAUUCCAGUUUACGACGCCCUGGCUAAGUGAAUGAUGUUGCCGUUGGCCACGGUGGGCUCUUGGUGAUGGUGGGGUUAUGUUGAUGCAAGGAUCAUGUCAUCGUUUAUAUCAUCUGCUCACCUCUCAGGAGUUCUAGAGGGACAGUUUACUCCUGUCACUUUCCAAAGUCACAAAGCCAUGGUGGAGUGGCAUGACUUCUGGUCUGCGUUGCAAAUGUGAAUGUGGGUACUAAUAUAAUGUCAAGCCCCCUCACCUCAUACCCCUCAGCAGCCUUCCUCUCUUCUACCUUUGAGCAUUGAGUCUUUGAGUUUUUCAGAUUGUUCCUCAAACCGAUUAACUCAAGAGUCCACUCUGUACUCCAGUGCUAUUUUGACCAAAAACCCCGUGCAAACAAUACUGGCAAUAAUUCAGCAAAAAGAUUAUUUUUACCCUGACAGCUUUAUAUCCUUUGUUAUGUUGGUGAUGGGGUUCUGUAUGUAAGAGGACAGAUAACUGGGUUCGGGACCAUCUCCAUGCUUUAACUGAAAGUCCUGAAAGAAGAUUCAUGGUGGGAUGACAUUGGAUUAGGUUUUAGUUUUUACAGACAACAAAUACUCAAAGUCCUCUCUACAGCUGUUCACAGUUAAAAUAGAGAGGAUUUUCGUUGUUUGCGGUUUUGCCUGCUAGUGCUUCCAGGAAUGAAUCCUGGUCGGAAAGAUGAACCCCUUGAGGUACUUGUUUUACUUAAAGAACUUGUAAUGUUUCAGUGAAUGUUUAAACUGGAAGGUC